GACGCGUGCGAGCGACACGCGGACGCUCGAACGGACGGUUGAGAAGAAACUACUUUCGCGCACGCGAGGCCGAUGUCUAAACGCGCGCAAUUCACCGUGGACGACGACGACGAGGGCGGUUUCGUCGACGACGACGGAGGAUUGGAGGAUGACGAUAAGGCGCGAUUACUCGCGUCUCUCGGCCCUGACGCCCCGCCCGCGCACGCCGUGGGUGCGUACGAACAACAGAAAGAUGUGGAGAUCGGACCUGGCGUCGACGCGGACGAGAGCGAUCUCGUGGAUGAUAUAUUCGACUCCUCGGAGGAGGCGAAGCAAAACGCCAACUCGACGAAUGUGUUUUGCCGGUGUAAUCUCGCGAGUUCGAUCUUGUUGAUCGCAAGCAUGGCGUUGUUGGUGUACACGAUGGUAAAUCCGGCGACGCGAGACGCGGUGACGAAGUUCGCGCUGUCUUCACCGACGGAGAGACAUCAAUUCAACAACGUGAAGAAGGAUCCGAAGACGGGACGACCUACGGUGGAGUUGAUGGACGGCGAAGACGAGGCAGACGAGGAGGCGGGGCGAUUGGGUGACUGGUGGCGAUUAGAAUCGCUGAAGGGGAGCGAGUCACCGAGUAAGACGCACAACCAGUGGGACUUGAGUGGGUUAAUGUUGUACUCGGAUGACGACUGCAAAGACGAACUCGCCGCGCAGUCGUUUGAGCUCGCGAGCGAGAGCGCGACGCACGCGUGGCAAAAGCGCGCGGAGAAGGGCUGGGGCUACUUGGCCGAUCAGCAGGGUGCGUUCAUCCACGAACCCUUGAUCGGUGGCUCGCGCAUUUCCGUGCACUUGCAGAGCGCUCCCCGCUGCUUGAAGAUUAGCACCUGCUUCGACGCGCCGGGCAGACGCCGCGCGCUCUUACAAUCGAGCGAUGAAGCCGAAGCGCUGGCGUCCGCGCAAGCCGAAGCCAACGUGUGCGACGACACGCACUUCCCGAGCACUCUCGCUCUGUUCCGUUACGGCAAGCAAACUGAAGAGUGGGAUCGCUUAUUACAAUACGAAGGCACGGGCGUGUCCGACGGCGUCCUCAACUACGGCGGCGCCAAGCACAAAGUGCGCACGUUCAACUUCAAAAACGCCGACUUCACCACCGAAGGUGCCAAGAUUUACAGCGAAAACAGGUAAUCCGCGCGAUCAUCGCCUAACGAUGUUGUAUAAA